AUGGGCGCGCUGGGCGGAGACGUGUGUGCACGAGUCGUGGAGUCGAUGUGGCGAUGGUCCCUCGUCGACGAUCGCACGCUGCCGGUGGUGGUCAGCUUGUCGGCCCACUUCGGGGCCGACUGGCACGGCCACCUGUCCCUCACGGACUGCCCGCACGUCUCCAAGCAGGUGCUGGACCGGACGGCCCGCCUGUGGCGCAACAUCGCCACUAUCGAUGCCUCCGACACCAGGCGCCUCGACCUCUCCGGCAACAGCCUCCUGGGCGACGUGCUCUUCCCCGUGCUUGUCGAAAGCUGUCCACAGCUUGAGGCACGUCAACAACUCCUCCCCAUCCCGCGUCAUGUUGUAGUCGACUGA